CAGGAAGCGCUGGCUGGGUAGGUUGAUUCAGUCGGUGACAGCUGUGGGAGCGACAGCUGACGUUGUAGAAAAAUAUUGUUUAUUUACACUUUUGGUCCAUUUUUUUUUUUGGUACCUAUGGACCAAUACCAACGCUGUCAUCCUGAAGUCUGCUUUUAAAGGAUAUGAGAAAACAGAAGAGGAAGGAACAAAACGGAGGAGCUGGCGUGCAUGAGAAUGGAGCUGUCACCAGAAGCGAAACAGAACCAGACUGUGGGAGGAAACAGAAGCUGGCUGUCAUCCAUCAGGCUUUGAUCAGGGAUCCAGUGGACAUUAAUACCCUGAGACAAGCUGCAGCUAGUAAAGGAGGCCUGCUCACUGAUGAACUGAGGAGAAAAGUGUGGCCCAAAUUACUAAACAUCAAUGUAUAUAAUCUACCUCACAGACCUGGUCGAGAUGUGAGGGAGAACCACAAGGACUACAACCAAGUUGUGCUGGAUGUCAGGCGGUCCAUGAAGCGGUUUCCUAAAGGUAUGCCAGCUGCAGAGAGAGCAGUCCUUCAGGAGCAGCUGAUUGAUACGAUCCUGGAGGUUUUAAAGCGAAACUCUCAGCUGCAUUAUUAUCAAGGCUACCAUGAUGUGGCGGUCACGCUGUUGCUGGUGGUCGGGGAGCGUAUGGCCAUAGCCAUGCUGGACAAACUGUCCAAUUAUCACCUCAGGGAUUUCAUGGAUCCUACCAUGGACAGCACCAAACAUAUUUUAAAUUAUCUGAUGCCGAUUUUAGAGCAGGUUGACGUGGAGCUGCACGACUUUAUGACCAGAGCAGAGGUUGGAACCAUCUUUGCACUUUCCUGGCUCAUCACAUGGUAUGGCCACGUCCUGUCGGAGUUCAGACACACUCUCAGGUUGUACGACUUCUUCCUGGCCUCACAUCCGCUGAUGCCCAUCUACCUCUCUGCUACGAUUGUGUUGCACAGAGAGAAGGAGGUAAAGCAGACGGAGUGUGAAAUGGCCAUGGUGCACCACCUCCUUUCCCGCAUCCCCCAGGAUCUCCCGUAUGAGCUUCUGAUCGGCCGGGCCCAGGACCUGUUUGACCAGUAUCCCCCAUCGUUACUGGCCAAACGGGCAGCACUGCAGUCUCGCAAGAGCUUGUCCAUAAGUACCUUCCAGGCAUUUCAGCUCUCCACCCUCCACCAGAGGCCAGACUCUGUUCUCCAACGCCUCACCAGGGCUCAGGGCUCCACCACCUCCAGACACGGCCUGGAAGCAGCGKCGCCCGCAGACAGAGGCCAGCUGUGGCAGCGGGGGAACAGGAUGGUAAAGAUGGCAGUGUGGGGGCUGUCCGCCACGCUCGGGGCAGCUGUGCUCGCCGUGGCUCAGACCGCCAUGGACUGGGGGCCCGAGGUGUUGCUUCAGCUGUUCUGACGGACACGUGACGAGGCUCGACGACAGCGGACGGUCAACGGCUGUCUGCUGUCACGAUGGAUCGACAUUAUGCAACCACGGAGACACAAACACUGACUGUAAUGACUUUAAGAUCAUUUCUUCUGCAGAAACACUGCUGAAAAGCAGGAGGGUGUACCUUGGUGCCAAACAGGUUUUUUGUUUUCUACAAUAAGUAUGUGGAUGGAUUACUAAAAAAAAGUCUUCUGUGAAGAAGUGAUUGACUAGACGAUCAUAAAUGAGCACAAAAUGUUAAAGAAACGAAUAAAUUUAAACAUCAGGCCACAUAAAAGACGAAAUUACCACAAAAACGUGCAAAACUACAAUUGCAACAAGCUGACCAAAGAAUCUAAAAUGAAAUCUUCUUGAAUCAGAUGAAUCCCUGGGUUCAUCCAAGUUUAUGAGACACAAACACAUCCCCCUCUUUCAGGCUGUGCAUCCUCUCCCUCGGCUUUCGCAUUGUUAUAAAAGUCCCUGUUUCCUUGUUAGCUGAUUAGUUCACUGAAACCCCGUUUUUCUGACUGUCACACUUGUUUUGUGCAUUUCAGCUGACAGUGUUUCAGAGCGCUUGUUGGAUCAGCAGCCAUAUCUAAAAGCCAAAAGUGCCCGCAGCCAGCCUGAUGACACAUGAAUACAAAUUAUUAAAGAGCGGUGUUUUCUGCUGAAAGCUUCUAGUUAUGAGUGAGGAAAGAGAAAGGUGGAGAAAAGGGGAGCAAAGGAAGGGGGAGGUUUUUUUUUUUGCCUUUGAGCCUCAUAUUAAUUGCUUUACUCCAAGUGUCAGGGAGUUGUGUUUACACCGGAGCUUGACACACAAAACAAGCUGUUAUUUCCCCCCCAAAAAAUGUGAUCAUUUGGCACACAUUUCGAGCAGCAGCACUGUUUUCGCAGAUGCAUUUUAUGAGAGACGGUGAAAUAUUGUUCAGAUUUUUACUUUUUUYCCCUUCUUUUCUUUACUUUUGUGCAGCAGGUUUUCAGCUCCACAGUGAAUGAGUGUGGGGAAGACACGGGUAGUUGUACAUUCUUAAAAUAUUUAGUAUGUUUGAUCCAACAUCCCCUCUGAACUGCCGUCAACGGAGCUACAGUACAUGGAGUUUUCCACAUUAGGUUUCAUUUGAGCAUUUUACAGUUUAAGGUUAUUUUAAAGCUUUACUGUAUUGUUUUGAAAAAAGGGGUUUUUACUUUAUUCCAAAGAUGAUAAAAGAAAAGAAAACUUCCCAAAAUGCACCACGUUUUCUGCAGCUAUUGUUGCAGUCAGAGUUUUAUAACCUGAAAAGUGAAUGUUUCCAUCUUGUUCCCCAGCAGUGCACGCUCUGUAUGCAGACUUGUACGCUAAAAUAUUUAUCAGCUUUUACUAGCAUGUAGCUAAGCUUCUGCUGCUGUAAACAUAACUUCACUGGUCACAACACUCUCCUCUCUCCGUGCUCCGUCAUCAGUUGGAAAUGCGUCACACGUUUGCACAGCUGGUUAAGCAGCCUGCCCUGUUGAUUUCUGUUACUUUGCUGCACAUAAAAUCAGUCUGUUGGCGGCAAAAAUUAAAGUAAUGCAUUAACAAACAGAUAAAGACAUUUCCAGCCUCAGGGCUUUAGGUAUUUGCCAAAAAAAAAAGACAACUUUGGAAUGGUCAGUAAAUCAAUCGUGGUAACAUGUUAGCUGCAGGCGAAUUUAAACACAUGUAAACAUAUUUAUCUGAUUAUUGACUUUGUGUCUCUGUUAGAGGAAUCUUCAUUGAUGAGCCUUUUUUAAGCCGUCUUCUAUAUCUUUAAUUUAUUAUUUUCUCGGAGUCUCACUUGCAUGUAAACAAUUUUUAUUUUAGAAGACACUAGAUAUUUAUUUGUUUGAACUGUAUGAAUGUGUCUUAACAUUGCAGAAUUGGUAAAAAUGUUAUGCUUUGCACAGUUAGCAACUUGAAAUGGUCAUUCUUUAGGGGAAUGCUUAAUGAAAUAACAAGUAGCUAUAAAAAGCUUUAUAAUGAAAUACUGGGUGUUGGCUGAAAUUCUCAGACAUGUACCCUUAAUUUGUAUUAUUUCUGAAGAUGUUGCAGUAAAUAAAUAUGUUUUUAUGUAA